CGAUUUGAGUGCCGAUUUUACACAUUACGCAUAGCACUCUGAUUUUACGCCCCUAAGCAUUUCCAAAAUACGACUUUUAAAAAAAACCAUUACACAUUGUAGCCUUGUAAAUAAAGAUCUAUUGUUGCUGUCUUUGUUCAUUUAUUUAUAUAAUCCUAAUAAGAUAAUGUUAUGUUUCUGCCCGUUUUGAAAUAUUAUUUCAAAAAUGAGUUCGGCCCUUGGAAUCAAAGUAAGGCCCCGUACCAAACGCAACGCCGGCCGGCCGCACAUGUCACUCAGUAAUUUAUGCAACAUUUUAGAAGCACUCGAGCGCCGCGCUGUGUUAAAAAAGUAAACUAAUAUCAACCUUAGCGGCUGGAAGAUCUGCUGACGUCCUAAAUAUCACACGUCCCGUAAUGCAUAACAGAUGGCGCGUGGAACGAGGUCAGCAGACGGGUAGACAGUGAAUGGAAACAUGUCGUCUGCCAAGAAGAGGAAGGCGCCAGCUGCGGUUUCUAGCUUCGAUGUCGACGAUGACAGGAGCGACAUGUCGGAUGAUGACAGUGUUAUGAUUGAUGAUGAUGAUGCUGGGCCUCAACGUGCUGCAAAGAAGAAACCCACAGGUCAGCGGUUCAACAACAAAUACUGCGAUUUUCCGGGCAUCUCUGCAAGUGACAGGGGGAAGAAGUAUGCACGAUGCUCGUACUGCAAAUCUGAUUUUUCGAUUGCCCAUUCGGGUUCAUAUGAUAUUGAGCGUCACCAAAAAGGUAAAAAGCACACUGAUAUGAUGAAGGCUGCAAAGAAUACCCACAAUGUGGGGGAUUUCUUCCACCAACGCAACGAAGCACUUGACCUUCAAGUUGUCAAAGCAGAGACAAUAAUGACUGAAUUCAUCGUCAAGAUGAAUCUGCCGCUGACGGCGGCCGAUGAGUUUACCAAGGUGGUUAAGGAAGCGUUUCCGGACUCCAAAAUUGCUAAAUUGUAUGGUUGUGGCCGGUCGAAGACAACUGCUAUUGUAAAACACAUGGCUGCAGAGAUUAAAGACGAGAUGAAGGAGAAGAUGAAGACUGGGGCGUUCUCGAUAGCCACAGAUGGGUCCAAUGACCAAAAGGAAAAACAGUUUCCAGUGGUGGUCAGCAGCUCUUCGAUUGAGGAUGGUGUGACGGUUCAACUACUGUCAGUACCUGUUCUAGAAGGGGUGCCAGCUACAGGCAAAAACAUCUUCAACCUGUUGGAUGCUGAAAUGAAAGAUGAGGAUGAGCCUAUCCCUUGGUCAAAUUGCUUGGCAUUUGGCACAGAUAAUGCCAAUGUAAUGGUUGGUAACCGAAAGGGCGUAUUUGCCUUUAUGGUAGAGAAGAACAGUGACAUAUUUCUUUCUGGAUGUCCCUGUCAUUUAAUACAUCACGCAGCAGAAAAAUUCGCCGCUGCCCUGCCGUUCAAGGUUGAUGAAGUGCUUACAGACACGUUUUUCUAUUUGGAUAAAUCAAGCAACAGACUCAUUGCAUUGGACACUUACCAGAAACUCUAUGAUGUUGGACGACAUACUAAGAUUCUCAAGCAUGUCUCUACUAGAUGGCUUAGUGUAAGCCGGUGUGUUGAUCGCAUCCUAGAAAAUUGGGAAGCACUAUAUAGCUUGUUCAAAGAUGCUGCUGAUGCUGAGACCAAGGCUGCUGGCAAAGAGCAGCCUGAGACAAGGGUUGGGCGUAUGUACAGGUUCUAUCGCUCGCCUACCAAUAAACUAUAUUGUAUGUACCUGGAGAAUGUGCUUGCGGUUUUCAAUAAGACAAAUGAGACACUUCAGUCCGAGGCUCCUCUUAUCCAUGUCCUACGGAGAACUCUCCAUAAACUGCUCCGGGACCUUCUGAUCAGGUUUAAGUUGCCAGGAGCAUUGAAUGGGAGAACAGCUACUGGGGUGUCACUUGCAAAUGGAGUUGGGCAAAAGCUGGAUAACGAUCUGAUCAUUGGUGAUAAUGCCAGGGAAGCCAUUGCCAGGAAAGCUGAAAACCGUCUGAGGGAUUCCCGCAUCAAGGAAUUUUACGCCACCGCCAGACAAUGCUUUCUGGAAGGUUGUCGCUAUAUAAAGGAGAAGCUUCACCUUGACGAAGAACUCUUAAGGCAUGCUGAAGUAGUUGAUGUUGAUUUACGUCUCAAUGGUGCCACAUCUACUGACCUCCUGUACUUCAUCAAAAGAUUCCCUUGUCUUCUCCCUGAAGGUGUUUCAAGAGAAACAUUGGAGUUGGAAUUUGCAGAUUACCAGAGCUUAGAUGUGCAACCCCAUAAGAAAGACAGGAUUGAUGCAACCUGGUCCGCCAUUGGCCAAGUGAAGGAUUCUACUGGGCAUUUCACUUACAAGAACCUCGCACAAGUCAUGCUUGGUAUAUGUACCAUCCCACAUGCCAAUGCAAGCUGUGAACGGAUCUUCAGUUGCGUCCGUAAGAACAAAACGGACCAGAGAGCAUCAAUGGGGUCAAAUACCCUUGAUGCAUUGAUGGUGGUAAAGGGGAGAUUGCUCAAUGGUGGUAGGAGUGACUACUCGAGUGAUAGAUUGAAGAAGAUCAAGUCUGCUUAUUAUAAAAGCCUGAAGUAG